CUCCCGCCAAACCGAUGCCCGUAUAUCACGACCACGUCAAAAAAAAAACUUUCACAGAUACAGCUUUACACAAGGCUGAGCUGCAAGAGUGAGUAUUCUGUCACCUUUUAAGCUGUUGACGCUGAACUAAGUUACCUUAACACAUAUUCUCGUCCCUCUUCCUCGACCCUUUCGAAUGGGCAUUGUGGUACAGGAGAGCCAGAUAUAUGGGUCAACGUUGUAUUGUCUUGGACAUGGUUGCCCUCUUUGGAUUCCAGAGCCAAACAACGCACUGUCGGACAAGUAUCAAGAAACAGGUGUACGAAUUGGCGACGUUGGAACUCUGACGAGCGACGGAGGAUUCGACUUUGUUUUCAACGUCUGCUGCUCAAGCGAUGACCCUAUCAAUCAGUUUGGAGUUCCACGAGGGUUUCGACCGAUGAACUGGGACGGUUCAAAGCGGGAGAUAUCUAACCGCUUUCGACCCGGCAUUCCGAUUUUGAGUAGAGGUGCAAAAACGUGGAACCUUGACGUUGGAGGAGCUCUUUCUGCGUUCGGAUUACUUGUAGGGGCAGGAGGCGGGAUUAAGAUCCAGUUUAGUGAAGAAAAAGGAGCUGUCGUCAUGCCUCCCAAGGGUGCGGAUCGUACUGAUUGUCAGAAUCUCGCUGUGUUUCGCGAGUACGCAAAAAUGAAUUCUCCCAGCUGGUAUGAGUUCAUCAAUGGUACCCUGGGGAGGGAAGUUGACAAUGGUGCCAUCUAUUUCAUCACCGGUUUCGACAAAACCAAUCGCUGGGAGAAUGCAGUCAUUCAAGAUCAAUCCAGGGAACGAGGCUGCGAAUUGAUCUUUACUACUAGUGGGCUCGCUGGCGACGGUCACCUUAGGCUGUCAAGCUCAUCGAUGUCUAUGUCGAUAUCAAGCCGUUGUUCUCCCGAUGGCAACCCUCACCAGAACCAAUCAUUAUUCAUCCGAGGGUUUCGAAUAGCAAUGCGACGCAAAGUCAUCUUCAACAGCUCAGCUGUGGAAGUGAAAAGCACACAGAAUCUAUCACCAGAGGAUUUGUUUGGUCGGAAGGGUGGUGGCGGUUCUCCGUUCAGUCGAAGCAGUUCAACUUCGUCCGGGUCUGCUUCAGCGAUGGAGACGAUAUCUAGUAGCAGCUCUAGUCCCACUUUCCGCUCGUCCCAGCGAGGGUCAUCUCCUGCUUCCGAUACGUCUUAUGACACCAUCAGCAGUGAGGGUACUGAAGAACCCGGAUUCCAGUUGUAUCACCCGCUAAAUUACAUCAACCAAUAUAUUUUGGAGUCGAACCACGAAGUCGAAGUAGUCAUAACUCAUGAUAAUGACUGGAUCUCGUUACUGAAGGAUGAGGAUAUCGAGAUGCCUAUUGGCUCUACCUUAGUAAAUCGACUUCAUGAGCUACUACUUCACACCAAGGUGGUAGACCGCUGCGCAUACCUUGAUCUCUCCCGAACCGUUCAAGAAAAGGCCGGCACUGGUGAAGAGUGCACAGAUGAAAUUCCUACGAAGCAUCAACGCAAUGAGUUGCCUCAUGCCCCUGCUUCAACUAAUGACCGUGCAGGCUGUUGGACGUGUAGAAUCCGCAGAAAGAGAUGUGAUAUGGAGAGACUGGAGGACAAUUCCUGCCGAACGUGUAAACGUCUGGUGAUCGAAUGUCUGGGUUGGGGCGCUAAACAGCCUGACUGGAUGCGUAAUAAGCAAGCUGUUGACGACUACAAGGCAUCGAUCAAAGCGCAGCUGAACCGAAAGGGCCUGAGCCACGGUCCGCCACGUCCUUCAACGAAACCCACCGCCCAAGCUAGUACAGGAACUACGAGAGCACCUGGAAGAUCUCCAAGGGCCGAUAGUAUGUUAACAUCGAGGUCCUCGUAUCCUCGGUCCUUUAGCCCCUAUCGCAAUACUCCCGAUCAUUCGUGGAACCCAUCCUCAUCAUAUCCAUAUCCAGGAUCACCUCCCACACCACACUUUGACCACCUCACAACUUUUCGCCUUGACCUUGAGACAACGGGGAUUAGGUCACCGGAACUAGGCAUUGCUAGAAGAUCGGGAGAAGGAUUAAGCCUUGGUGGGGGUGAUUACAAUACUCCCGAUUAUUCGCGGAACCCAUCCUCAUCAUAUUCAUCAUACCCAUAUCCAGUAUCACCUCCCACACCACACGUUGACCACACAACUUUUCGCCUUGACCUUGAGACAACGGGGAUUAGGUCACCGGAACUAGGCGUUGCUAGAAGAUCGGAAGAAGGAUUAAGCCUUAGUGGGGGUGAUUUACAGACAACUCCAAAUAUCCCCGUUCUCUCCAGCCAAAACUCGAUACAAGAAAGUCAUGUGAUGAAUUACUUCGAUAACUUUCGAAGGGUGCCUUGCGUUAUGUCGAAUCAUCCCAUUUUGAAUACGACAUUCGAGUUCAUAGCGCAAGACCCUAGAAGCGCACUAACAAAUGCCGUUUGCGCAUUAACCAACUUCCAUGAUACCCGAUCACGGGUAGCACAAGGGUUAGAAGCCCCGUAUCCGAAUCCUGAACAUUCAGAAGCAGAAUACUUCUAUUACGAAGCAUUCUCUCAACUCGUCAACAUCCGGGGAAGUUACACCGAAACUGAUGUUUUUGCUGCACUCCAUCUCGUCUGCUACUCUCAACUGUCUGGAGGAUCAACCGAUUGGCAACCCGUGCUUGGUAUAGCAUUCAAGUGGAUUGAGCGGUUGGGCCUUCUGAACAAGGGUAAUUCCGAAAUGCUGGGAAUGAUGAGUUCUGCUGGACAACUAAGUGUCAAAUGUAUCAUGAUGAUUGAUAUCAUCUCCAGCGUAACCCUCCUGCGACCUCCGAAAUAUUUUAACCUGUAUCAACGUCUCCUUUUGAUGGACAACAGCAACAGCCUACAACCUGGCGGUAUGCAGAUGGAAGCCCUGAGCGGCUGCCCCGAUGAAGCAUGGUUGGCCAUCGCAGAAGUUUCGAUGCUUACAUCUUGGAAAGAACUUGAAGAACGUAAAGGAUCAUUGAGUCUCAGGGAGCUUGUUAUUCGUGGUGAUGACAUUGAGCGGUGGUUAAGAGUGCACAUCGGUACUACAACUACAUCCUGGAACACGGAUCCCUUGCCCCCCAAACAUAUGUACCGGGCAAAUGUCGAAACGACAUUACUUACUGAUGAGGUGCGGGAAGUGAUUGCAAACAUAUUCCGGGAGACGGCAUUGUUGUAUCUGCAUACUGUCGUUCAAGGUCCGAGUUUCACUGGACGCGAGGUCAGGUCUUCAGUUGACAAUAUAUUCAGAAUGAUGCGACAGUUAGAACCUAGUGAGGCUGAUCGUACUCUGAUUUUUCCGAUAUGUCUCGCUGGCUGCAUGUCGGAUGACUCGACGCAUAGAGACUUCUUCAAGGGGAGGCUUCGAGCUCACGACGAGACAAUUGGGAACUUCAUGAAAGUUCGAUUGUUGAUGGAAGGUGUUUGGCAGAGACGGGAUGUGGGAGAACUUGUUGAUUGGAGGGAAGAGAUGAGAGACAGGUCGUUCAAUUUGUUGUUGAUCUAG